AUGUUGACAAAAUAGUCUCGUUUUAAAGAAUACUGGCGGAAGAUCGUAGAUUCAAAGAGGCAUGGAUUUUAUGGAGAAGCAAUGAUUUUGUAAAUUUUCCCCCUCUUUUUAAAUUAUUCUAGAUACCAUAUCACCAGAUUUUAUUCUGCCACCAUGCCAACGAUCAUCCUUCUGGAUGGCUCAUUAUCAAUGAGCCGUCCUGUGAACCUGCCUGAGUUUACAGAAGAAGUACAGAGGAGACAUCUAGCUAUACAAGGAAUUAAUACUUUACUGGAUUAUAUGGGAACCAAUUGUAAAUUAGAAUUUACAUCUCUUGUAGUGUUUUCUUAUUUAUGGGAACAACUGGUGCCAUUUACACGGGAUGUUGAACAAAUACGAAUGGUUCUAAAUAAAGUGGAUGAAUACAGUAAAACCUGCAUUGAAACAGCAUUGAGUGGAGUGAAUUCAAUCAUAACCGAAGAGUGGAGCAUAUUUGCUACAUCUCAGGUUCUGUUAAUCACCGAUGGUUGUUCUGGCGUUGGUCCCGGUUCUUUGUCUUAUUCAUUACAAAAGUAUCACAAAAGAGAAUCAAAGAACAACAGUGAGAAAGGGAGCUUCCCGUUACCUUUCAACACAAGAUGCAAACUGUAUGUGAUGUGCAUUGCACCCCCAUCAGAUCCUAACCUCCGGGUUUCUCUGCCGCUCUUUCAAAAGCUGAUUGACAUCAAUGGUUAUGGCGGAGACAUUUACACCCCGGAUGCUGCCCUUUCUACAAAAUCUGUCCAGCAGAUGUUCCAGAGAUUUGCCGAUGACAUCUUCUCUCCCUAUGUUAUGACAUUGACCUGUGGUCAGCUAAAAUGUACAGUCCAGCUAUAUCCACCACCAGAACCUUAUGAAAAAGUAAAAGACUUUGACAUUAUCGAUGCCAAAAUUGGUUCCAAAUUAGAAAUCUGCGGCUUUUUGGAUAUUGCCGAUAUAGCCAGUCCACCAAUUCUUUCACGACAUCUUGUCUUACCCUGCGUCAAAGACAAGCAUAAAGAAGAAUCAAAUGGUGAAACUAACAACAACAAAGAAUCCAAAGACGGCGAUGAAGAUGUUGUUUCCUCAACCACAGAUGAGGCAGGGAAAGCUGCAGCGGCAGCAGCAGCGGCUGCAGCUGCUGCAGAAGGAGGCAAAGCACCAUCUUUUAGUGUCUUGCUGCACGGAAGUUUGAAAGUGGAAGGCAUGAUUGCCCUUACUGAAGUAGGGGAAAACUGGUAUGGAAUGUUGUAUUCUUGGGCAGACAGCAAGAAAAAGUCAAAUCUGAUGUUGUCAUUGUUUGAACCUGGUGAAAAUAGCAUCUGCUGGCUUGGCAACAUUAAGCAGCUUGGACCAGUUAAUGAAUUUGGUGAGGAAUCUCCGUACGGUACCGACGAUAGUAAAACACCAUUUCCUAUUCGGCCGACAGAUAAGCGAAGUUAUGCCCAAAGCUGUGUUGUUUGGAUCAAAACAUCUGGUUUACAAGCUGACCUACAAAAAGUUCUGCGCCAUGCGAGAAAACUGCCAGAUAAACAGCAGCAAUUCUAUAAGGAGUUGAAUCGUCUGAGACGAGCUGCCCUUUCAUUUGGAUUCCUUGAGCUGCUUGAUGCAAUGGCAUUGAUGUUAGAGCGAGAGUGCACAUUGUUACCUGGCACUGCACAUCCUGAUGCUGCACUUCAGCUUUCUCAUGCAGCCAACAGCCUGCAGUCAGACAUGGCUAAAGAUGUCUCACAAGCUAUUGUACCUCUGCGCACUAACUUCAGCAAUGAUGAUUAAAAGAAACAAGACAGACAUAGAAGAGGAGUUACUGAACUAAAGUCAUCACUCAUCAUUUGAAGAUAAAU